UCCCUCGCUUAGACGCGCUCCCCCAGCGAGGUCAUUCCUGCCAUCGUUGUUAAGGGCACUCUCUCGCCGGCAACAGGCUGAGGUCUCGAGCCGCUUUCCCAGGCCCAAACGGCUCCUGCCCUCACCCAAGAUGUCGCCGCUCGUUUCACGCUCUGGAGGCAGUGCUUGAAAUGGCGUCCGGUGGCGCAUGCGCACUAGCGAGCGGCUGCUAGAGCGCGGCCUGGUGAGUCCCAUUGUGUGCCUGCGGGGGAGAGGCCUGAGGUGCGGGCGAGAAUGGAACCGGAGCCUCUGGACGGCGGCAGCCCCAGCCACAACGCGACCGACACAGCCUCCUCCUCCUCGGCCGCGGGUCUCACGGCCUCCCAGCGCCGAGCCGAGAUCCGCCGGAGGAAGCUACUCAUGAACUCGGAGGAGCGGAUCAACCGGAUCAUGGGCUUCCACCGGCCGAAGGGAGGAGAUGAUGAGAGCCAUUCGGAAUCAAAACUUCAGCUUGAAUCUGAUAAACCAAGCCCUCUUCCAGCUCCUGUUUCUAAGCGGGUUGUGCUUGGGGAUACUGUCUGCAGCUUGGCAGGAACAGCCGACCAUGCAGGCAGCAUAGGGGAGUACAAAGGAGAGAGAAAGGACACAUUUAACAAACCUCCCGAGGCUGGUAGUGAUGGCACAGGCGAGCUCCGGCAGCGCAGCAGGGGGGAUCUGUUGGAGGCUCCUCAACGAGCCCCUCGCCAUGGAUUAGACCAGUACUUGUCAAGAUUUGACGAAGCCAUGAAGCUCAGAAACCAGCUCAUGAGUGAGAAGCCGAGCCAAGAAAAUGGAAAUGCAGUGGAAGAAUUUGACUCUUUCCGCAUUUUUAGAUUAGUUGGGUGUGCACUACUUGCCAUCGGAGUUAGAGCUUUUGUGUGCAAAUAUUUGUCAAUAUUUGCUCCUUUUCUUACCUUACAACUUGCAUAUAUGGGAUUGUCCAAGUAUUUCCCAAAGAGUGAAAAGAAGACAAAGACUACAGUUUUAACAGCUGCUCUUUUACUCUCUGGUAUCCCUGCAGAAGUUAUUAGUCGUUCCAUGGACACUUACAGCAAAAUGGGGGAUGUUUUUACUGACCUUUGUGUCUAUUUCUUUACCUUCAUCUUCUGCCAUGAACUGCUCCUUUUUUUCGGUUCAGAAGUGCCCUGAUGGCUGUGGACGUCGGUGUGGUGUCUUCAACAGGACUGCAUCAAUCUUGGGUUUUGUACAUGUCUCUGGAUAUGUAAACAGGGUUAUCCCAUUCAUAUUGUCUCUGUGCUUUGGAAGCACACUUCUGAAGGGAAGGACGUGGUCCUAGCAUUGAUGCAGAAUUAUUAUAGUUUGAAAGACAGUGCACGAUGUCUUAGUUACAGAAUACAAAUAGCAUUCCAAGUGCAGAGCCUUUCUGUUCUUCUAGAAUAUUGUCCUUCUUUACCCUAUUCAAGGAACCCUCUUCAAUUGUAACAUUUUCCCCUGGCUCUUUAGUAUAAAAACAGUCGAUAGCAGAGGUCUUGUGCUUGACAGAAUGGCAUAAUGUUUUAUGACCAGGCUCCUGUUACAAAAUGGAUGAAGAAAUUUUUUGACCCAGUCUACUUUCCUUCUGUGCUCUCUGAAAUUUCUCCAGUAGGGUGGGGGAACCUUCUGAAACACCGUAAAAGGGCUAUGGGGAGUUUAGUGCAAAGAGGAAAUCAGUGAAAACUGCCUCCUUUUCAAAUCCCCACAGGAUCUUGGUUCCUUCUGAGAAAGGAAGCUGGCCUAAUAUUCAUGCAAAGCAUGCUCUGCAUCUAUCCAGAGGAAUUUCUGAGGGACUACUCAUACUGUUAAAUUGCUGUAAAAGUGUCCAUUCAUACAUUUUUAGCCUUUAGAGAUUCUGACAAAAGUCAACUCUCAAGCUUCCUGUUACUGCAACAGAAUUAAGCUUGUUGUAGGUCAUUGUUUGUUUUAUAAUUGGGAAGGGUUGAUUGGAAAUGUGAAUGCCGAGCUUAAAAACUGGGUAAUAAAAUCCAGUCUUUAGUCCCAUUGAGCAUUCAUGAAUUUUUACAACUGAAUAGGAAUCCUAACAAAUUCCGUUUAAUCAAAUUUACUGUGUUAAGUGAACACUGCAGAUUACAAACUGCUCUCAGUGAUUAGACUUUGGCAUCUAACAAUGUCGGCAGUUUUAAUCAUCACUCUGUUGUUUUAAUUCAUUGUAGUAUAAACCAAUACAGGCUUUUGAAUCAUGUUUCCUACAUUUUUCUUCCAGGAAUACAUGCACAUAUGGCUUGGCCUCAUUGGCCUGGACAAUUUUAGGAAUUCUUGUAUUUAUUUGUAAUUGAGGAAGAAGGGGGCUUUAUAUGUUAAAAAUUAGUCUUUGUCCUAAGUUAAAUUGUUGCUUUGUAUGGAUUCUAGUUUAUAAGAUAGGUAGCAGAGAACAUGUUCAAUCCAGACUUUAAAAGGUGUACUGUGAAUGGGGUCUUACAACAAGACCAGAAAGAAUUACUUGAAACUGCUUCUACUGAAACCAGUGAUACAGUUCUAAAUAAACCUUUAUGUUCCGGAAGCCUUCUGUCAAGUGGUCAGUAACAUAAUCAAACCUUUUCUUGCCUUUAGAGUUCUUCAUAUAUUUCAGAUAAGGAAGUUUUCCCCAAACAUUUUAUCUUUAAGUUGUUUCUGUAAAUCCCAAUUGUUAUACAUCGUGAAAAAAAUGAUACAUUUUUUUCACUUGAUCUUUACUUGAUCAAGGAUAAGCUCAUACUAAAGUAAGGACUGGUAUAAAAAUAACACUGAACAGAAUGACUGUGCAGCCACUGGGCUUUUUACUUGUGUGAGGGCUGUUUUCUGUUUUCAGGUGUUCCAGUGGUGUGCUUGACUGUUGCAAUGGCUAGCCAAAACAACAAGGAAACAAACUGUGGUCCAUCACAGACCCUGCUGGUCUAAUUUUUCAUUGACUCCUGUGCUGCAUCAGAAAGGAUUCAAUGAAAAAGUAGACCCCUGUGGUCUAGUUCCCAUUGUGUUAAAACAGGUAUAAAUAAUGUGUGAUCUUCCAAGUGAUGUAGGACUAUAACUGUCAUCAGUCCUAGCUAGCACAUUGGAUGGUAAGGCAUGCUGAGAACUACAGUCAAAUAAUGCUUGGUAUGACACAAGUUGCACACCUCAGUUCUAACAGAUAAUUAAUUUUCUCUUGACUUUUGUCCGAAUAGCCUUCCUCAAUUGUCAUGAACUUCAUAAAUCUAUGUGCCACUUAAGUGUUGCCUAGCUAAUGCUAAAUCUCUAUGGUUAAACAGGCUAAAACAAUUUAUCUUGUUAGAGGUGGUAGUGUUUUUUGUUGGGAAUCAAAACUAUAUGUUUCCCACCAGAAGCUAUCCUAACUUGUAGUAGGGUUUGGAGGAACUUUCCUGAUAAUUGUAAUACUACAUAUAAUUGAACUGAAUGUCAAUGUUCUGAUUACAUGUGUUCCAUAAGAAAUGUGUCCUAUAGUAAGAUUAAUAAAAUGAACCGGGGCUCACACUUAUUUUUGCCACAACAAAUAAGACUGCAAUCAUUUUUAAAAAUCAAUAUUAAAAAUGAGUAAAAUCUGUCCUUAAAUAUGGGUUCUUUCUAAGCCAAUAUUGGCUUCCUCUUUAGAUUCUAGCCUGGAUAAAUUUUGGUGUGUCCAAUAGGUUUUUACACUACAAUAAAAUGUCAUCUUAUAAUUUUCAUGUUUGGUUCUCCAAAGCAAACUAGUCUUAUUAAGGUGUCUCAUUAUAUCUCUGUUAUAUUGAAAUGUCUUAUUUGAAUAUAAUGGAUAAACUUAAAAGGAUUCUGAAAUGGAGUUAAUUUUUGAGAAUUCUGUCUGCCUAAUUAAUGGCUUUCACAGGCUCAUAAUAGAAACCUCCAAAAUAGUCUGAGCCUUUGAUAAUUCAACAGUCUUGCCAUCUAAGUCAAACCUAUUAUAAUUAGCACACAAAUUGGGUCUGUUCUAAUGAUAUUUCUAAUGUCAUGUAUUUCAACUAUGCCUGCCAGUGACAAAAAAGAAGAGUAAAUCUGAAAUCCAAUAGGAUGUUUUUUUCUUAAUUUAAAAGCCACGUUUCUAGAUUUUUGGAUGUCGCCCUCUUCUCUGCAGUGAAAAUUGAAGUAUAGGUUAGAAUAAUUGUUGAACAGUCAGGAAGUGUUCCAUAUGUCCUUUUGCAAAAACGAGAGCUCCUGUGUGUAUUAAAUUCAUGUGAUCAUGUAUGUUCUUCAAUAUUAUUUCUAUGCUGGUUCUAAUAAAUUUAUUAAACUUAA